AUGUUUACAUGUAAACAGAACCGUGUAUUUAGACGUGAUCGAGAACCCAGUAGAAUACCAGAAGCUAUUCUGAAACGUCUCAGAAGAAAGGGCAGAAAACUGAAGGAAUUUGUUUAUGAGUGUAUUCGUCCAAGCAUACCGAAGUCCUCUUGGCUACGUCGUCAUGUGAAGGUUAGAAGAGUUACAAAGAAUGAUUGUAAGCUUAAUACGAAGAGGGUAAGAUUAAAUAAAGUUACAAAACAUGAUAAGAAGUAUUUGUUGAAUUGUUCUGUAAGGGUAUAUCAAAGGAUAAUUAAAUUGAAGUAUAGAGCAAGUAGGUACUUAUCAACGUUUUCUUGUAAUAGACCCAUGUGUCUUUAUAAGAGUCAGACACACGCGUCAAACUAUUCUAAAUUUCAACUGAGAGUUCAGAUAUAG